AAUAGGUUAGAAGUGAAUUAUAUAAGAGCCAACGAAUAAGCAUUGAUAUCACUAUCUAGAAGUGUACUUAAAAACAAAUCUCACGUAUGGCUUCCCAAAAAAUCUCAAAUAUAAGGAUCCACAAAUAAAAGCUGUCUAUGUUUGUUUUUUCUUUUAUUUAUUUUAUUUAAAUUAAAAAUACCAAAAAUACGUAAAAUACGUGGUCAUCCCGUAGUAUUCUACAUACCAUAUCAUGACAUCAACUACUAUAAAUAGAAACUUCCUCUACCAUAUUACACCAUCAUCCAAAUCUAAUACACUCAUUUCUUACUAAAAUUAGCUUACACAAAACCCUUAAAACGUUACACAAAAAUGGCAGAAAGAGGACUUUUUAGCCACCACCGUAAGAACGACGAUGAAGAUCGACCCUCCAACUACUCGGAAACCACCGGGUACGGCGGGUAUGAGAACAAACCCUCAGGUGGGUAUGGUGACAGUUACGGGUCUGGGGAUAAAACCACGGGUGGGUAUGGAGACAGUUACGGGUCUGGGGAUAAAACCACGGGUGGGUAUGGUGAUAGUUACGGGUCUGGGGAUAAAACAACGGGUGGGUAUGGAGACAGUUACGGGUCCGGGGAGAAAAUUUCGGGUGGGUAUGGAGAUACUGAAGGUGAGAGAUACGGGUCGGGUUAUAAUAAAAGUGAGGAGAUUGAAAAUAAGUAUGGGGAAGAAGGGGGAUAUAAUAAGAGCAGUGAAAGUGAAGAACCACCAAGGGAUUAUGAGAAGGAAGAAAAGCACCAUAAGCAUCUUGAACAAUUGGGUGGUCUUGGUGCUGUUGCUUCGGGUGCUUAUGCUUUGUAUGAGAAGCACCAAGCAAAGAAGGACCCAGAAAAUGCGCACAAGCACAAAAUAGCUGAAGAAAUAGCAGCCGUGGGCGCAGUUGCCGCCGGUGGUUUCGCCUUCCACGAGCAUCAUCAGAAGAAAGACGUGAAGGAAGACAGAGAAGAGGCUGAAGAGGCCGAGGGAAAGUCCGAGAAGAAGCAUCAUUUCUUCGGCUAAAAAUCUAUGAUUUGAUCUGGUCUGAUUCGAUCUGUUAUAUUACUUUUAAAAAAAAAAUUAUUUUCUUUACGGUGUUUAAAAAUGUUUUGUUGUGGGAAACUAAAUACAAGUUGGAUGUUAUUUGAGUGUCAUAUGUAAAGUGAGAGUGUGACAGGUUCAUGUGUUUGGGUUGUGUAUUUGUUUUCACCUAAGCAAACCGGUUCCAUCUGGUUGCAUCAUUGUUGUAAUUACUUAUUACUUAUUAGUGUGUUACUUAUAAUAAUUACUAAUUACUAUUGUAAUUUAAUUCGGUUGUUACUUAUAAAUUCUACAUAUAUAUGUUUCACUAUAACUAGAA